AUGUUGGAAACUAUAACAUCUCAAUCAACAGAAGAAGCCUAUAUUAAAUGGUUAAAUGAUCACUUAACUAAGGCUACACCUCCAUUAAUUGUGUAUGAUUUAACUGAAGAAAUUAUCUGUAAUGGUGUAGCUAUUGGAAUACUAUUAGAAAUUAUUGGUCGAAUUAAAAUUGAUGGGUUACUUCUACAGCCAAUUACAACUGUGGAACGUUUACACAAUAUUCAUGAAGUAUUUAGCGUUUUAAGACGUUUGAAUGUAAAAAUCAAUAAUAUUCAACCUGAAGAUAUCAUGGAAGGGGAUAAAGAUACUGUACUUGAAUUAUUGAUUGCAAUUAAUGAUUAUUUUUUGCCGAAACCCAAUAUGAAAACUCCGAAGAAAUUUAAUGCAAAUAAUCAUAAUCAUAAUAAUUAUGAUAUUGAUUAUAAAAUGGAAUCAAACGGUCGUACAUCAGCAUGGAGUACUAUAAGUAGUUCAACUAGAAGAACACCAAUAAAUCGAUCAGAAACAGUUCCACAAUUAAAUGGUCAUCAUGAAAAUGGAAUAUUCUCAACAAAUAAUCAUCAUUCACAUAAAAAUCUAUUACAUCAUUCUACAAAUGGUAUAGAUUAUCCUACAAUUGAUUUACCAUGGUCAAAUUCUAUAGAUCAUUUUACAGAUAAUAGUCGACAACCUUAUUCAUCUUAUCAUCAAUCAUUAGCACCAACACCAACUCCAUCAGAAUUAACUAAUUCUACAAGUCCAAGAUCAAAAAGUACAGUGUACAGAGUACGGUCAGAACCAUUAUCACCUAGAUCUAUACAUGGUAAAAGAACUAUUCACAGAGAAGCGUCUUUAUCUACAGCACCAAUCAAUAUUAGAUCAGCUUUACCGAAUUUGAAUUCUGGUUCCAGAGGUUAUUAUCAUCAAACUAAUCCAUCACAAUCAAUACCACCGAAUAAUUAUCCUGAUAAUAGAAAUGUAAAUACAAUAAGAAGUGGACGUUCAACAAAUGAAUUACCACAAAUAGUUGAUUCAAUGAAUGAAGUACAACAGCUUAGAUCACAGUUGAAUAUGUUGUCGAAACUUAUUGAAUCAGAUGGUUCUAAUCCUGUACGUACUGCUUCAGUAUUACGUCAAACAGCGGCAAAAAGUACAGGAUUACGUUCACAAGAUAAUUUAUCAUUGAAUAAAUAUGUAUUACCAACCUAUAGACAAGAGAAUUCAUUUGUAAAAUAUAUCACUUUGGAGAAUCAUAGUAACAGUAAUAGUAAUAGUAAUAGUACUAAUAGUCUUCAACAACAACAACAUCGUCAUCAGACGUAUCAACGAAAUCAAAAACAAUCAUUAUUAUUACAAAAUUCCGAUUUGAAUACAUCGAAAUCACAAGUAUUAAAUACUACUACUACUACUACUAACAGCACUGAUAGUAAUCAUAAUCCAUUAUUAACUCGAUCUAUUCAUUAUGAAAUUGAUCAAAAUGACAAAUCGAAAUCGAUAAAUAUCACUACGACUACUACUGCUGGUACAACUUCUUCGAUUACUACAACGAAUAGUUCAGUUGACAAUCUAUCAGAUCAUUUGAUCUCAUCAACAAAACAUCUAUCUAAAUUAGUUCCACCAUUAAUAGGACUUAAUGAAAUCCAUGUAAAUGAUUCACAAACAUUACAACAUGAUCUAUGUAUAAGUAGUAGUAAUAAUGACAAUGAUAACGAUGAUGAUCAUGAUGAUGAUGAUGAUGAUGAUGAUCUAAGUAAUCCAUGUCAUAGUCAACGUGAUCAAUCUAUCAGUAAUAAUAAUAAUAAUGAUCUAUUAAUCAAUAAUCAUCAUCAUCAUCAUAAUCAUUGGCAAGAUUCAAUACAAUCCACUUGUUGGUUACCAAAAGUUGCUAUGAAUUCAAAUCGUACAAAAUGUGAUGAAAUUUUAUCAACAAAUUGGAAUUUAUUAACAAUGAAAAAUUGGAAAUCUGAUCAAGAAUUAAAACGUAAAAUGGGUUUACUGAAUCCUUAUCAUCAUAAUAAAUUAGGACGAGGAGGAGGAUUUUGGUUUCGUGAAAAAGCAUUCAAUCAUACAAAAUCAUUUAUUCCUGGUAGACGAAGAAUAGAACAACAACAACAACAACAACAAUCAAAAGGAAUGUCAUUUAGUGCUAUAGUGAAUCAUUGUCCAUUGAUUAAUCAAUAUUUACCAUCAAAUAAAGUGUUACACUGUCAAUUCGAUACGGGACCAAUGGAACAAACUGAAAUUUUUAGUUUACCUGAAGCCAAGUCUAAAUUUUCCAUUGAUAAUUCACUUCUUAACUCAAAUCGAAUUUCUUCAAUACACAAUAUUAAUACUACUAAUAAUACUACUAAUACUACUACUACUACUACUAAUAGUAAUAAUAAAAAGGUUAAAAAUACCAAAUCUCUCAUACAAUCUAAUAAUGAUUCAAUGGAUGAUUUCAAUAAAACAAUCAAAUAUACUAAAUUAUAUUUAAAUGAAAAAGCCCCAGCAACAACAACAACAACAACAACAAUAAUGAAUGGGUCAAAUGUGAUUCAACAAUCAAAGGAUAAUCUCUCUUUAAAAAUCAAUCAACCUAAUGAAUAUACACCAUCAUUAUCAUCAUCAAGACGAUAUCAACAUAGUCAACAAUGCACUCAUCAUAGUGAUUAUGAUAAUGGAAUACAAUUGAAAGAUAUUUCAAAUCGUGAAUUAAUUAUACCAUUACAUACUACUAAUAAUAAUACUAAUACUACUAUUACUACUACUAAUAAUAAUAAUAAUAAUAGUAAUGGUAAUCAAUUAUGUACCGAUGAUGUAAUAAGGGAUAAAUUCAAAGAAAAAUCAAUAUUAAUUGAAUCACAAAAAUUAAAUAAUAAUCAACAACAAAAUGAUAAUGAAUUAAUAAAAUUUAAUGGAAAAAUUAAUAUACCAAUGACACCACAUAAAACUAAGAAAAAGCAAUAUGAAGAAGAUGAUAUCUAUGGUAAUAAAUAA